CUCCCCCUUCCUGGAGCAGCCGACGCUCUCCUCCUCCUCCUCCUCCUCGCAGCUUCCCCCACACCACGGUCCGCCUGCAUUCCCCGCUGCCCAUGGCGCUGAAGCGGAUACAGAAGUAUUAACCUACUCAAUUUUAUGCCUGAAAAUUUGAGAAGCAUUUCCUUCACAUCAGAGUCAUGAAAAAAAAUACUGAAGAGUACCAGAUUCAGGACUGAUUUCAUUUCAUCACUCCACUUGAUAUCACACUCAGGAGCUAAGUGAUCUGCAGCGUGAUCCACCUGCACAUUGUUCAGCUGGACCGGUUGGAGAUGACUUGUUUCAUUGGCAAGCAACUAUUAUGGGACCUCCUGACAGUGCUUAUCAAGGGGGAGUCUUUUUUCUUACAGUCCAUUUUCCAACAGACUACCCCUUCAAACCACCAAAGAUUGCAUUCACUACAAAAAUAUACCAUCCAAACAUAAAUAGCAAUGGAAGUAUUUGUCUUGAUAUCCUGAGGUCACAAUGGUCACCAGCACUGACUGUAUCUAAAGUGCUUUUGUCCAUAUGCUCUCUACUUUGUGACCCUAAUCCAGAUGACCCUUUAGUACCAGAUAUUGCACAAAUCUACAAGUCAGACAAGGAAAAAUAUAACAGACAUGCAAGAGAAUGGACACAGAAAUAUGCAAUGUAAACUUUGAAGACAUUUUCUUAUAUACCAGAGUACUGUAAAUUUUAGGGUUUUUCAAAAUUAGAAGUAAAUGGAGCACAGUUUACUGUUUUCAGUGUACCAUGAAGCCCUUUUUGAUUUUUACCCAUAUAAGUGUGUUUCUGGAACAAGGAAAUUAACUACAAAAAUUAACCUGAAGACUGUGACGAGAGUAUUUAUCCUUUCUGUAUGCUUUGCAAAAGACAUUUAUUAUGUUUUUUAAAGAUACUUGGACAUCUGCAUCUCCGGCCUACAAGAUUCAUAGUGCAGUUGUAGAGCAACCAAACUAUUUUUGCUGAAAACUAGGUGGUACAUAAUAAAUAUUCUGUGUCUUUGAGAUGUCAGUCUUGUAAGUCUGUUUGAAUGUCAUUCUUUGUUAGCUCAUUGUAUAAUUUGUAUUUUUUUACUGUAUAGACUAUAUUUUAUUUACCAUAUAUUUCAACUCAUUUUAGACUUUCUGCACAGUAUUGAAAAAUACAACUGCUACUAAAUGAGUGAACUAUUCCUUCCCAAAGGAAUAUUCUAUAAACUGAUAGACUUCUAAAAACAAACUUUGCACUCUAAUCUUCAGUAUGCUGAUUAUGGGGAAACACAUGGUUUUGAUUUUGUUGCAUACUUUUAUUGCAAUGUGAACUAAUUGCACUGCUCUGUAGAAAGAAAUGUAACUAAUUUUGUUCUAUUCACAUCUGACUUUUUAUCCCAUAUGGGCAAUAUAAUCUCUGACAUGUUAACAAAAUUGACUUGAAGCUUUUCCGUAUAAAUAAAACAUGUUUUUUACUACUUGUCUUGGCUGUUCUUUAAAUCUAGCACAUCCUUUACCUGUGCAUGCUCUGAAAAGA